UUUACAGUCGAGUGUACAUGCACAGCUGGAAGGCUCAGAAGUAGCACCGUGGAUCCAUUUUCCAGGAGGAUGUCCGUGUCGGGGAAGAAGGACUUUGACGUUAAGCAGAUCCUCAGGCUCCGCUGGCGGUGGUUCGGCCAUUCGUCCCAGGGCUCGGCCGGCGGCGGGAACAGCGGCGGCGGGAUGGGAGGCUAUAUCCAGCAGGAUGGUCUGGAUGGCAGAGGGACACCCGUCCAGGGCCGGCUGAAGAGUCACUCGCGGGACAGGGGUGGCGGAGGAGGCUUGGGGUUCGGUGGAGGGCUCCGGAAGAACAACAGCCCUGUCCACAGCAUCCUGGCCCCAACGCCGGGGCCAACACCUGUCUAUGUCAGAGUGGGUCAUCAAUCACCGCAUCAGCAGCAAAACACCAUCCAAAGUCUCCAGGUGAGUGAGGAGCCUCCCAAGAGCUGCUCCUCGCCCAGCGCCACCAGGAAAGAGGAUGCGAACAGUGGCCAGGAGAACGUGAAAGGCAGCACUGAAGACCCUGCAGAGGUGGAAGAUAGAGAAAGGUUGACUCUCAGCACCUACUCCAGAAUGAGUACCAACUGCUCCGAUGAGUUCUUCCAAGCCACAAAUCAUGCAGAACAGACUUUCCGUAAGAUGGAGACGUACCUCCAACACAAGCAGCUGUGUGACGUCCUCUUGAUAGCAGGAGAUCAUAAGAUACCGGCUCACAGAUUGGUCCUCAGUGCCGUGUCAGACUACUUUGCUGCUAUGUUCACCAACGAUGUGAGGGAAGCGAAACAGGAAGAGAUCAAGAUGGAGGGAGUCGAUCCUGAGGCCCUCAGAUCAUUGGUUAAUUUUGCCUACACUGGUGUCUUGGAGCUGAAAGAGGAGACCAUUGAGAGUUUGUUGGCAGCAGCCUGCCUCCUCCAGCUAUCACAAGUCAUCCAGGUUUGCUGCAACUUCCUCAUGAAACAGCUUCACCCCUCCAACUGUUUGGGGAUACGCUCCUUUGCGGAUGCCCAGGGAUGUGUGGACCUGCUCAACGUGGCUCACAACUACACCAUGGAACACUUCCUAGAGGUCAUACAGAACCAGGAGUUCCUCCUUCUCCCCACGGCAGAGAUUGUCAAACUACUCUCCAGUGAUGACAUCAACGUACCUGAUGAGGAGACCAUCUUCCAGGCUCUGAUGAUGUGGGUGAGAUACGACGUCCAACAGCGGCAGCAGGACCUUGGGGUGCUUCUGGCCAACAUCCGCCUGCCUCUUCUGCCCCCGCAGCUCCUCGCAGAUCUGGAAAACAACAAGAUGUUCUCUGAUGAUCUGGAAUGCCAAAAGCUUCUCAUGGAGGCCAUGAAAUACCAUCUUCUGCCUGAGAGACGUCCCAUGUUUCAGAGCCCAAGAACCAAACCUAGAAAAUCAACUGUCGGUGCACUUUAUGCUGUAGGAGGGAUGGAUGCUACCAAAGGCUCUACCACCAUAGAGAAGUAUGACUUGCGGACUAACACCUGGAUCCAGGUUGGCAUCAUGAAUGGGCGCAGACUCCAGUUUGGAGUGGCAGUGAUCGACAACAAGCUGUAUGUGGUUGGAGGGAGGGAUGGAUUGAAGACAUCCAACAUGGUGGAAUGCUAUAACCCAGUCGGCAAAGUAUGGUCCACUAUGCCCCCUAUGUCAACACACAGACAUGGACUUGGUAUUGCUGUGCUAGAGGGCCCUAUGUAUGCUGUCGGAGGCCAUGAUGGCUGGAGUUAUCUCAACACAGUGGAGCGCUGGGACCCCCAAGCCAGACAGUGGAACUAUGUGGCCAGUAUGUCCACGCCGCGCAGCACUGUGGGAGUCACCGCGCUCAAUGGGAAACUGUUUGCGGUGGGAGGUCGAGAUGGCAGCUCCUGCCUAAGGUCGAUGGAGUGCUUCGAUCCGCACACCAACAAGUGGAGCAUGUGUGCACCCAUGGCCAAGAGGCGCGGAGGAGUGGGUGUGGCAACAUACAACAACUUCCUGUACGCUGUGGGGGGACAUGAUGCUCCCGCCUCCAACCACUGUUCCAGACUCUCCGACUGUGUUGAGAGGUUUGUGAAUACUUCUUUUCCUCUGCCAAUAACCCACAAACGGAAAGAUCUCAUGAGAGCUGGUAUGACCCAAAGACGGACACGUGGACCACGGUGUCCUCCCUCAGUGUUCCCCGGGAUGCGGUGGGCGUGUGUCUGCUGGGUGACAGGCUGUAUGCCGUGGGCGGAUAUGACGGACAAGCCUACCUGAACACCGUCGAGUCCUACGAUGCGCAGAACAAUGAGUGGACCGAGGAGGUCCCUCUCAACAUCGGCAGGGCGGGCGCCUGCGUGGUGGUGGUGAAGCUGCCUUGAGGGCCUUGUCUUACAAGUGCCCGCCAAACACACAUGAGAGAUCGGCCAAGACGAGCGGACAAACAAGACAAGAGACUAAGGAUGCACCCUUCGAGAAUCUUUUUUUUUUUUUGUACUCUCUAUUUUCCAGACUUUUCAGAGGAAAACACAGGCGGAGCCGUGCCCGCAAACCAUCGUCUCCAUCAUUAGUGCACUCGGUCACCCACUCGGGAGGACUCGCUCAGAUGACUGGAAUGCACUGUUCAUUUCUGACGCUCUCAAGUGAUCAAAAAGUCACCCUGAUUUGGCUAAGCUGUAGAAAACUAGUGCCAAGCUUUUCUUGUACCAAUUUAUUACACCAGUUCUGUGUGUGUCCAAGAGAUAGUGUCAUAUCUGGGUAGUUGAAUCUACUCGAGGGGUAGUUUACAUUUAUACUGCUUUUUCCUAUCGGUGCCAUCACAUAUAUUUUUGGGUAUUUUAGCCCUUUUUAGCCGCUCAGAAAUGAGAAAAAAAGAAAGUACUUGUAAUAAAUAGAUGUAACAAUGUUACAGUGUAUUUCCUUAGUGGGUGGUCAAAACGUGUUUCUUAUUCUUCUGCGAGAUGUUUUUUGAAAGACCACUGUGAAUAUAUGGAGGCUGCUGAGUUUGGGAUGACGCUCCAAACAGGGAUGGAGGGAAAUCACCAGGGAUGCACCGAUAUCACUUUUCCACUGCCCAUACCGAUUCUGGGUAUCGGUCUUUAAAAUAUCAGCCGAUACCAAGCACCAAUCCAGUGCAUUACUUUUGCAGAACAGUGCAGGCUCCUGAGACCAUUAUCUUGGAGUCAAAGGGAAAAACAAUAGAGUCAUUUAUUUCACCAUGAGAGAAAUACAGCCUUAUUCAUGGCCUUUGGUAUACGACUUUAGUAUCGGGUAAAUUCUCCAAUGCCGAUACUCCAUUUUAGCCUGGUAUCGGUCCAAACUGCCAAAACCAGUGUCGAUAUCGGUGCAUUCCCAGAAAUCGUCCACGUUCGACUUACUGUUGCUCUGACAGGAUAACUCUAAUUGAUGUUUUUGUAUUUUUUUCUUUGAGCUUGUAGCUAAAGAACACCAAAGUCAUUUGCUCGUCUUUGAAGUCUUGUUACACGAUGGAUAAAGGUUUACAGAGUCGUGAAUUAUACAAAAAUAUAUCAUAUUGAUAUUUCACAUUACUGUACAGACAUUUGUGAACUUGCAAAAAUGGCAUUUCUUUUUGUGCGGGCCAUGCCCAAAGCCAGCCAUCUAUAAAUCUGGUGACUACGAUGGUCUUUAUCUUCGGGCAUGUGACCUUCGUGAACGUUUUGGUUGCUCUGCACUGCACAUUAGCCUUUUGUUAAUACGGACGGUCAUGUUUUGUUCUACGUUUAAAAUGCUAAACUGCAUUCGGGGGUCAUAUAGAGGAUAUUUACUAAUCUGUGUUUGGCACACAACAAAUUAAAUAACUUCUCCAAAAAAAAUAAAUGUAAGAAACAAAGCAAUGCCUCCAACUCGGCACCAGAUCCGCCCAUGUAAAUUAAAGUCCACGAUUGGACUUUGAGUAGUAGUUGAAAAUUUCCAAGGCAGCUCCAUAACAAAAUUUAACAGCACCCAGCUAAUGUGACUUCGGAGGGUUUUGGUUUUAGAUAUGUUAAUGAUUGCUAUGUUGUAAAGUUGAAUAUCACAGACCUAUUGAGAACACAAUAAUUUGUAACUGUAAUUAAGACACAGUUUUGGAGCCAAAUGUCGCUUUUUAUGUUUUUAUCAUGAUUUUCUACAGCAUGCAGACCUAUGAAUAAAACUAC